AAUUUAGAAAUUUCAUUUUAUCCCCCUCAAUUUUCCAUAUUUGCUCUCUUUCCCAAAUUCAAAGCACUAUAUUAAUUUCUUCUCACAUUUUAUCUUCUUCUUCAUCACCGCUCCUCCAAGAUCGAAUAAGCCUUAGCCAUUUUUCUGUCUUUAAUUCGUUGCGAUGGGUCAGAUCCAAUACUCUGAGAAAUACUUUGAUGAUAUCUAUGAGUACAGGCAUGUGGUACUUCCUCCUGAAGUGGCGAAACUUCUCCCCAAGAAUCGUCUUCUUUCUGAAAAUGAAUGGCGAGCAAUUGGUGUUCAGCAAAGCCGUGGAUGGGUUCAUUACGCAAUUCAUCGCCCAGAGCCGCAUAUAAUGUUGUUCAGAAGGCCACUCAAUUAUCAACAGCAGCAAGAGAAUCAAGCACAGCAGCAGAUUCUGGCCAAGUAAUUGGUUUAUUAUCCUUUUCUUUUAGAUAUACUAAUGAGAAAUAUCUCACUACAAAUCAAAACAAAAAAAACAAAAAAACAAAAAAAUCAGGUGUUUGUGGUUUGUUGUGUAGUGCAGUUUCCUUCUCCAAUUUGGAGAAGCUCUGUGGCCCAGUUAGAUCUGUCAUAGUCAUAAGCCCCCACCAUCGUUGAUGAAUUUGUGGUUUUAAAUUGCUUUGGUAUAAAUAUGGUUCUUAUCUUCUCCUGUUCUU